AAGAGACAAGACCUGGGGGUGUUGAGGAAACUGUAACUUUGUGGUCGCAGUAUUGUUGUUGUGUCCUAAAUUUGCUCAAUGUUCUCUUAAAAGCGACUGUACAAGCCUGUUUUAUUAUUAUAGAAAUAGAGAAGAUAAGAACCAAAGCCAUAUACCCCCUCUGUCCCUCUCCCUCUAUAAACAUACUGUAUUCUCUCUCUCUCUCUCUCUCUCUCUCUCUCUCUUGAUAUGAUAUGAUACUGUUGGGGUGUGUACAGUGAUUGGAACAAGUCUGGUCUAGUCUUGCCGGUCAUCUUAAUUUUCCAGUACUCCCUUUCAGUGACUUGCUGGGCUUGGGCUUGGGCUUCUCUCCCACCGAAGGAUCGAAUUGAAGCGGCAGUGACCAGUCUUUAAUUAAUAAUACUAGUGAAGAGUACCAAUAUUGUUUUCCCGGCCUGUCGGUGUAGUUUGUGGUUGUGGAAUUAGAGAGAUGAAUGCAGAGAUGAACGGUGGUGGGAGUGAUCUGCGGAUAAACUCGGUACUGGAGUACUCAAAGAAGUAUCAUCAUCAGGACGAUGGGCAGGGCCAGGGCCAGGGGAUGUUCAGUACUGGUGAAGAAGAGAAAAUAGACUAUGUGUACAAGGUGGUGGUGAUAGGUGACUCAGCGGUGGGAAAAAGUCAGAUACUCUCAAGGUUUACUAAGAAUGAGUUCUGCUUUGACUCCAAAUCUACCAUUGGGGUCGAAUUCCAGACUCGCACUGUUUCCAUCAACUCCAAACUCAUCAAGGCCCAGAUCUGGGACACUGCUGGCCAAGAAAGGUAUAGGGCAGUCACAAGUGCAUACUACAGAGGCGCACUUGGGGCCAUGUUAGUGUACGAUAUCACUAAGAGACAAACAUUUGAUCAUGUCGCAAGAUGGGUCGAGGAGCUCCGAGCCCACGCUGAUAGUUCCAUUGUCAUCAUGUUGAUCGGUAACAAAUCCGAUCUAGGGGACCAAAGGGCGGUUCCGACAGAAGACGCCAUCGAGUUUGCGGAGAAUCAGGGCCUAUUUUUCUCAGAGACCUCAGCUCUCAGCGGUGACAAUGUGGAUACUGCAUUCCUCAAGCUGCUAGAGGAGAUAUAUGGUGUGGCCUCUAGGAAGGCAUUGGAUUCUAGUAAUGGGAAGGUCAACGGAGGUGACAUGCUGCUCAAUGGGUUGAAGAUUGAUGUUAUCGGGGCACCCGAAUUGGAAAUAAGUGAGAUGAAGAAAUUAUCUGCUUGUUCUUGUUGAUUAUUUUUUAAGUGAUUGCGGUGUGAUGUGUUGUGUUGUUAUUCUUGAAAAUUUCUACCUUUGUUCUAUAUAUGCUAAGUAAAGGGAGACGUAAUAUUUGUAUUUACUAUUUUAUUUUUGAUCUUUUGUAAUUUGAAGUAAUGUUUUAAUUUUACUAUCCAGCUGAUAGAUUGGGUGACAGAAAA